AUUUGCUUUUGGCUUGGACCGACCCUGCAGGCCGGGGGUGCAGUGGCCUUCGAGUGGGAUUUUUUUACGUGCUGAGCUCAUAUUUUUAUAUUUCAAUAUCCUCCUUACCUGGUCAUGGAGGAGUCGGAGGUCUGUUCCCUGCCUGGGGGACUUGCCAGUGUGAGGAAACAAUUUGAGAGCCAGGAAACUGCAACAUCACACAAUGUAACCCAGUUCCAUUUUCAUCACACGUCUGUGCAGGAAAUGUCCAACUCUGAGGUGACUGUGUCCAGCAGCAGCAAGCAGGUCUUCCCAGGCAGUCAGCAGCUACAUUUCAACCAAGAAACGAUGGUGUCUUACAGCGACAAUAACUUGGCAUCCAGUUAUGAAAACCAUCAAAAUGAAACAGAAGAGGAGUUUCCCCGAUACACUACAAAAGAACUGAGGGAUCGCUUUGAAAAAACAAUAGAAGAGGCCGCUCCACAGAAACCAAUGAAGAUUGGACGUGAUAUCAAUCGAUCUAAGUGGUCCUCAAAUGUGACACAAAACAACACCAUGACUAGUGAGGUCUAUAAAGCAUCCACUACUGAGGCAGCAGAAGACACAUCGACUGAAGUGAUGGAUUAUGAGGACUUUCCGCCCCCACCAGCUGAGGAUUCAGACUAUCUUCCACCCCCGCCUCCAGAUUUACUAGAAAUGCCAUCAGACAGUGAAAAUAUUUCAGCAUGUCAUUACUCACCUGAGCAGCCAGAACCGGCAAGCCCCCCCAGAUACCCCGUCACCAAAGAGGCUUACUUCAAGCAGAGGGGCGCGUUGGAGCUGAAACGUCUUUACAAGCACAUUCACCCCGAAGUUCGGAAGAAUAUUGAGAAGGAAUACUACGCUGAUUACAACGAGACUGAGAACUACCAGCUGGAGAGCCAAGAGUACAUGUAUGAGGAUGACGACGGUUGCCCCGAUGACAUCAACGAUGAAGACUACAUGGAAUGGGAAGAGAUUCUCCCCGGAGAGGUGCAGAAUAUGCGAUGGAUGUUUGAGAAUAAGCCGCUGGACACCAUUAGAGUUGAAACUCCAGACGAGGACGAGGACAACAAAAUAACUGAGCAGGAAAUGAUUCUUGGAAAAGAUGUGAAACGUACAGCUUGGAUGUUUGAGACCAAGCCGAUGGACGCGCUGAGUUCACACAACGGCAACUCGACAGAAUAUAAAAACAAAUUCAACAAGUUCGAUAAAGGCGGUGUCCGCGCUGCAGCGUGGCUGUUCGAAACCCAGACAAUGGACACUCUGAAUAAAAUGCAUAAGCAGGAGGAUUUAAUAAAAGAGAUUGUGUUCACAGAGGAGGAUGGAGAUGCUACCAUCUACAUGAUCGACGAUAAUUACAUGGAGAGCCUCGGCCACACUGAGACCAUUGAUGAGAGCCACCUGCUGAGUCUGAGGUCCGUAUUAGAGGAAAUAAACGGAGAUGUGAAAACUAUUACGAGCACUUUCGACACUCAGUUUAAAUGCAUCAUUAUGGGACAGUCGAGCCAAAUGCUGGAGAUUAAAUCUGUGCGUAAAAUUGAAAGUGAAUUGGAGAACUCCAUCGCCUCACGUUGGCUUUUCGAUACCCAACCCCUGGACAUGGAGGACAAAGAACCGACAUCUUUGAAACUUGUGUGCAGCAUUUCCAUGGAGGACAGCAAUAAGGGAGACUGGGGCAGGUGGUUGUUUGAGAUAAAGACAUUAGAUUCUCUCAAUGAGUGGGAAAGCUCCAACAUGGAGAAAAAAGAGAUUAGUGGUGCUGAUGUACGCAAGCACUGCUUAGUGUUUGAAACCCAGCCAAUGGAUUCUCUGAAGGAUGACUCCAAUGCGAGACCCCAGUCUAUUGAAGAAAUUAUCGGGGGCAAUGUCAGAUCUGCAAGGCACUUUUUUGAAAGCAGCCCCCGCACAGAGAGGAAAAGUGGGCCUGAGGUCGGGAAGCUUCAAAAGGCAGCAGUAAAUGAAGAAAUGAAAGGGGAUGUGAGACACCAAAAGUGGCGCUUUGAGAGUCAACCUCUAGAGCACAUAAGAGAGGAGAAGAAAGAGGUGACUCGCACUGUGAAUGUUGAGGACGACCUCACGCAGGAGGACGGCACAAGCUGCAGGGCAGAUGUUCGCAAGAACUGCUGGGUAUUUGAGACCCAGCCAAUGGACACUUUAAAAGAUGAUUCAAAUGCUCAGCCCCUGACAAAAGAGGCCAUUAUUGCAGGUAAUGUGAGAUCAGCCAGACAUUAUUUUGAAACAAAUCCAGACGAGGAGUUAAAGGAGCUCGCAGAGGUGGGCAAACUGAAAAAAGCAGCAGCACUUAAUGAGGAGAGAGGUGACGUUAGACACCAGAAAUGGCGAUUUGAAAGCCAACCCCUGGAGCAGAUCAGACAGGAAAAGAAGGAAAUCACCCGAACGAUCGACCUGGAAGAAAUUGAUAGAGUCGACGUCUCAAACUACAAGCAAAUCUUUGAGAGCACCGAUUUAAACUGGAGCGAUGAGUCUCAAAAGAUUCUCAUAGAAGGUGUGACAUCUGGUUCUGUGAAAUCAAACAAAAACCUGUUUGAGUCUGAUUCGCUGUACGCCAUGCAAGACAGCUCAGGGCACUUCCAUGAGGUGAAAACGGUGCGUCGUGAAGAGGUUGUGAAAGGAGAUGUCACAACAUGUAAGUGGAUGUUUGAGACACGGCCAAUAGACCAGUUUGAUGAAGGCAUUGAUAAAUACAGAAUCAUCAAGGGCAUUUCCAAACAAGAAAUAGAGUCUGGGGAUGUUAAAACUGCAAAGUGGUUGUUUGAAACACAGCCUCUUGAUGCUAUUAAGUACUUCAGCAACAUUGAAGAUGAAGAGACUGUGCGGACAAGUGUGAAUGUGGAUGUCAUGAAGGGUGAUGUGAAAACUUGCAAGUGGCUAUUUGAGACGAAACCCAUGGACGUCCUGUACGAAAGAGCGGAGUUGAAGGGUGAAAAUGAAUCAGAGGAAAUGCAUAAGGGAGACGUCAAAACCUGCACAUGGCUUUUUGAGACACAAGCACUCGAUACUAUCCACGACGAGACAGAGACCAUUUUGAAAACAUGCACCGUCGAUCAAGAGGAUAUUAGAGGGAAGGAUGUGAGAACAGCUUGUUUCCUCUUUGAGACAGAGAAACUGGAGAACCUCACUGGGGAGGAGCAAGGCUCCUUUAAGCGUGUCACUGAGAUAGACAUUGCAUCUGGAGACGUGUCAGGGAUGAAGUACAUUUUUGAAAACCAAACAUCCGAUAUCAUGACUUCGACAUCUGAGGACGUAAUGCAGCAACUCAAGAGGGUUCAAACUGAGGACAUACAGAAAGGGAACGUGGUGAACUGCAAGUGGCUCUUUGAAAACCAAUCGAUAGAUACAAUACACGAUAGCCAGGAGGAAUCUAUGCGCAGCCGCACAGUGAGUGAUGUACAAGGAGGAGAUGUAGAUAAAGGCCGUUUCAUAUUUGAAACCUGCUCCUUGGAUAAGAUUCAGGAGGACACAGAGCUGUUGAAAAUGCAAAAAAUAGUCAGGGAUGAAGAGGAGAAGGGCGAUGUGAGGAAUUACACGAUGAUGUUUGAGAACCAGCCUCUUUACGCCAUUCAGGACAAAGAGGGCCUUUACCACGAGGUCACCACUGUCACAAGCGAAGAAGUGUCCCGAGGCGACGUCAUUGGAACGCGGUGGUUGUUUGAAACAAAGCCCCUUGACGCCAUCAAGGACAUGGAUGAAGUUUACGUCAUUAAAUCCGUCACACAACAGGAUGUGCAGAAAGGAGACGUCACCUCCGCCAAGUGGAAAUUCGAAACGCAGCCUCUCGACAGGAUCGCAGAAGAAAAGAAGGCGUUGAUAAAAACGGUGGAUGAUAUUCAAGGGGGCAAUGUUAGGAUGAACAAAGAUCAUUUUGAGUCCGACGCGCUGUCACAGGAAUCUGUUAGAACGGUUAAUGUGAGCGAGAUACAGAAAGGUGACGUCACGACUGCGAAGUGGAGAUUCGAAACCCAGUCCAUUGACAAAAUAAGAAGCAUGAGCUCUGAAAAUCUGAUUGAAACGGUGAAAAAGGAGGAGGUGGAAAAGGGAGAUGUUAAACAGUCGGUGUGGCUCUUUGAGAAAAAUCCUCUUGAUCACAUUAAAGAGGUAGAUGAGGACGAAGGCGCGGCCGUCAGAUCUCAAGAGGAGAUCGCCAAAGCAGAUGUUAAGACAACAACGUGGCUCUUUGAAACAACACCAUUUGAUGAAUUCAAUGAGACAAAAAUGGAGAAGACUGAAAUCCUGGGCAAGAGCGUCAAGGGAACUCUUGAGGAACUUUAUAGUCAGAAAAUGGUGAAGUCAAAGGGAAUACUCAUAGAGGCUGAUGAAAUCGGCGACGUCAGGAUGGCGAAAUACCAGCUAAUGAAUAAGGAUGCUCCGGAAAUUCAACGAGAGGAUGUCAUCAGGGGAGAUCUGCAGACUAUUAUGAUGAACCUGCUGAACAGACAGGAAACACAGGAGCGGCAGAUAGUUAUAGAUUCAGAAGAGAAGGGUAAUAUCACUUCCACAGUGCAUCAGCUAUUCAACCAGGAGAGAGACAGCAGUGUUGAGAGGGAGGAAAUAUUACGAGGUGACAUUCGGGAAGCUAUAAACAAUCUUUUCAAUGUGAGCGGUUCAGCAAAACAUGGAAUACUCAUCCAGGAGGACGAGAAAGGAGAUGUGCAGAUGACGUUAUACUCCCUUCUCAAUCAGCAGGAGAAUGUAAAUGUUGAAAAGGAGGACAUUGUUAGAGGGGAUAUAAGGAGUGCUCUUCAAAAACUGUCCAGCUCAGACAAGGCAGAUCAGAGAGUGAAGAUAAAGAUAGAUGAGACGGAGAAAGGAAAUGUCAACUUUUACUCCACGUGCAUUGAAUCCGGGGCUCUCGACUAUCUUAAGCAGUUCCACGUGGAGCCAGAUGAGACCCUGCCUGACAGAGCAGAAAAAGAAAAGAUCCUCGGAGGCGACAUUAAAGGCACUAAGCUCAUCCUCAGCCGCAAUCAAGCACAAAUUGAGCGCACAGUGGAGGAUGUUAUACCUGGUGAUGUUCACAACGCGGUGAAAGUUUUCAUGUCGGAGCCAACUCUGGAGAGGCUCCAAAGGGAGGAGAUAGUCAAAGGCGAUUUAAAAGCUGCUUUGAAUUCAUUGUCUGAAUCAGCGAAUCAGACGGUUGUUAUAGAGAAAGAGGAGGUGGUGAAAGGAAACAUACCAAAGGCCCUGCGGUGCCUGGAGAGGGCCCAAAAGCAGAACAAGGAAGUAGAGAAGCCAGAUAUCAUACCGGGAAAUAUCAGAGGGGCUCUGAGAUCUCUUGAGAAAUCAUCGACUUCCAGAGCUGAAGCCGUUGUUGAGGAUUUAGUUCCUGGAGAUGUGAGGGCCACACUGAAGUCUCUGGAGCUGGCAAAGAAAGCUGUGAAGGAAGUUGAAAAGGAAGAAAUUGUGAGGGGCGAUAUCCGCACGGCAAUGCAAAGUCUGCACGACGCCGCCAGUGAGAAGAGGAUGUGUCAACAGGGAAUCGACGUUCAGGGAGACGUCAGAGGGACGAUUCAGCUCUUAAUGGAGCCUCCUUCUUCGCCGAGGAUGGAGAGGAGCCCGAGCCAGGAGCGGGACGUGAGAGGUGAUGUAAAGAUGUCAAUUAAGUCAUUAUACGAGACGCAGGAGCAUUCCCAGCUGGAACGAGAAGAAGUGAUAAAGGGUGAUGUUAAAGGCACAAUUAAAUCACUGAUGGAAACAGCGCAGCGCGAAGCUCCCAAAGCCAGACUCGGAUCGUACAGAAGAGUCCGAGUCAAGCAGAGUCCUCCAGUUAGAAAUCUAAACACUGAUGCACAGAGAAACAUACAAAAGAUAAAAACUGCUCAGUCAGUUGAGAAAUCGAAGGAAAAUCACUGCAUCUCUAAUGAAACUGAAAUUGUAAGAAAAGUGUCAAGUUCUGUGCAGCAGUCUACGCAGCAGUCGACAACCGUGGUGGAGCAUAAAACCAUCACACAAAACCACGGCAUCAAAACCGUGAAGACAGAGUUCCGUAAUCUCAAAGCAAAGGGAAAGGGAAUGAUAAAAGUAGAUAAAACCAAAGUGAAAACUGAUGAUUACGUAUUGAAAUCACAAACACCAGAGCCUGAGCUGCCUCUCCCACCUCCUCCGCCACCAGUGGCAGAACCUGACCUUCCGCCGCCUCCUCCUCCUCCGCCCUCUGUUGAUUCUGACAUUGAUCACCUUCCUCCUCCCCCACCACCACUCACCAGUGAGCAGGACUUCCUCCCACCUCCUCCAUCCCAGCAGGAGCUGGAGAGCAUGCCAGCACAGGCAAUUCAUGCCUCACCUGCAAAAGCAAAAAAGAUGACGGUGAAAAAAGUGAAAGCUCCCGUUUUACACCAGGUCCCGAAGCUGGAGCCUAAAGUGGAAUUCAGUGAAAAGCAACAUGUGGCGGUUACGUCGAAGAAAGUGGUAGAAAUGAGCCAAAACCAGUCAAAGACGACAACAAAUACAUCAAAAUCUAUUUCAUAUGAAAUCCCUCCGCUGCCUGAGUCGCCACAACCACCUAAGAGACUUUACAUGUCUCCUGUGAGAUUCACCCCUCCCCCCUCUCCUACACCUUCCAUGAGGGGGAAGAUGAGUAAAUUUAACACUCCAUUAAUAAAAGCAGAAGAAAAGUACCGGAAGCAUGUUGAGGAAAGCACCCCCCCAACCACUCCAACACCCACUUACAUACAUGACUCAGUUACUGCUGCUCUUGAAAUGCUCUCCAACAGCGAUAUAAAACACUCAAAUAACAACACACAGGAGAGAGCACUGAUGCUUCAUUCAGAUGCUCUAUCAUGUGAUUUAUCCAAGCAUGUUGUAGCCUCAAACACCGCCCAGAGCAAUGUGAGCGCCAGCCAUGAGAAGUUCUUCACAGAUUCGACCGUUAUAUCUUCUGGCAUGCAGCAAGUUACAUCAUCUGUCUCCGCUGUUAGACAACAGAUGCAUACUACUACACAGAAAACCGUUUCUGUUUCCUCCAAGCAGUCGGCUCAGUCUGUCACGGCCGACAAAGUCCAGGCAUCAAUUACUGAUGUUGUGAUAUCUGAUGGGAAGAAGGAUUCUAAAAAUCAGAAAACAAAGGGCUCAAACACGUCCGAAGAGGAAACACAUUUGGAUAAAAUACAGACAGAGAGUGUAAAAUCAAGCAAGUCACAAUCUGAGAAAAAACACAAGAACAGAAAGGAGUCCAAGUCACCACCAAGUGAUAACAACAAGAAGAAAAGUGAUCAUUCUCCCACCAAGAGCCAAGAAAAAGUUUCAGAUGAGUCAGUGCAAGCAGAGAAGGCAGCUGCCAACACAAAUGGAAAAGCAGGCAAACAAACUCAAAAGGUGAAAAAGAACAACAAGCAAGAAAGGCAAGUAACAUCCAGUGAGAGUGAGAGUGUUUCACAAGAUUUCGAAGUGGAACUGAAGGAAGCUGCUGAGGUGAAAGUGAUCAGUGAACCUAAAGAAGAAAAGACGGAGCUAAAGCAGGGGAUUAAGAAAGUUACUUCCUCUCCUGCUGCUGCCUCUGCGCCUGCUGUUACUGUUAGCAUAACUGACAGCCAACCAGAAACUCCAGCUCCAGCAAAGAAGAAAAAGAAGUCCAAAAAGUCUAAGGGGGGUCAAAAUAAAGAUAUUUCCACAGAAUCAAAGACAGAAGUUAGAGAAACCAAGACAGAAAUGUCUGUAAAUUCCCAACAAACACAGGAAACAACUUCAGUUUCCCAAAUUCACAAAAUUAUGAAAGAGGAGCAGAUUCAAGCCAAGAGAGAAGUCAUUACCGCUGAAAGCAAGGGCGAUCAGAAUACCCAGCAACAAAAAGCAGUUCAAAAGCAAGUGAAGGGAUCUCAAAAGAAGAAAGAAGUGACAGUUAUUCAGCUGAGCGCGGAGGAACAACCGAAAGAAAAUAGGAAUGUCCCAAUUACAGUGACAGGCGAGUCAGAGCAAAAUGAACGGGUAGAGUCCACAGCAGGGAGAACAGUAGAGUCUCAGAGACAAGAGGCCCAAGUGUUAAUCUCUCACAUCACAGAGAUACAAAGAGCUUCGGAAAAGACUGAUACUAAAUCUGUGAAGACUCUGCUAAAUACAGUUCCAGAUUGGCUCAUUAGUUUAGAAAGAAAGUGCGAACUGGAGGGAUCUGUAGUGGAGAGAGACGCUCAAAAAAGUGAAGAAAUUCUGUCACGUGUGAGGGAACUCGCAGAGGCGAAAUUAACGAAUCUGGAAGAUAAUGAGACUGUGGAGAAGCACGAGUGUGAGACAGUUUCUGAGAAAUCUGUUUCUGGUGGGGCAACGCCAAGAAUAUCCAAGAUUAGUAUCGGUUCUGCCAAAAUUGAGAACCAAACAAAGAAGACGUCCCAUGAAAGACGGAAAGAAGAAGUGAGUCAAUGCAGGUCUUUCGAUCUUCGGGCUCCCUCGCCGCUACUCAGGAUGCGUUCUCCCUCUCCGACGUUUAUCACCAUCGAAUCCACGCGAAGAACCGACUCUCCCCAGAGAGUUACUCCAUCGCCCACUCUGCUGCACAGGCCACCCACCCCUCCCACACCGCCGCCACGCAGGUGCGACACCCCGACAUCACGCAGAUGCGACACUCCGACAUCACGCCUGAUGAGAAUCACGCCCUCUCCCACUUUUGACAGAGCAGAAAAUCUGGCUCGACUCAAAGACACCACAGCCAAACUCUCUCGUGGCGUCACCCCGCCGCCGAUACUUCCCCAACAAAUCACAGAGAAGAAAUCUGAGAUUGUGGAAUCGCCUCCGUCAUUCCAUCGGCAAAUCAAAAUAGAGGCCCAAAUUGUCGAGGCUUCAUCGAUGGGAACAGAAAAGACCAAAAAGAGUUUCUCUGGGGAGGCUGAUGUAAAUUCUGCACAUGUAGAAGAAGAUCAAACUAACAUUUCAGAGGGUUUGUUUGAAAGCGAAACACAAAGUAAAUCUGAGUCCCACGUGCCAUUGUGUCAAAAUGACCCAGAUCUUAUUGAUGCUUCAGAUAUUUCAGAGCCAUCUUGUGCAUCUGUCAGAGAAAAGAGAGAGUUUUUUGAAGAUGCUCAAAAGGCUGAAAUUAAUAAGACCUAUGUGCGAAAGGAGCCAAUUGCUAUCCCCGAACGACUGGGCCCAGACGCGGAGGACUCUGAGGCAGAAAAUGAGAACAAAGAAAUGGAUGAGCUUCCCAAGGCGGACAUGCAUGGUCUUGUAAACAAAUUUGAAUCACCAGAAGAGAAGUUCUUUAUCAGAAAAGAGCUUAUCCCACUCACAGAUUGGCUUCACAAUGAUGCUGAAAGCACAGAUUGUGACAAAGAGAAAGCAGACAUCCUGGAACAGGAAAUGCCAACUUUUGACAUCCAGGCUAUUAAAAAUGUGUUUGAACUGGGUGAGCAAAGUUCCUCAUUCAGAGAGGAGAAAAAAGAUCGGGAGGAGACUGUGUCAAGCCUGAGCGAAACAACAGCUGACACUUCAAAGAGGGAAAGUCCUCAAGAGACAAAGAGAGGCUCACGGCAGAGCACCCCCCUCCCUCCUCACAGAACUGAGGUAGAAACUGUGCCAGCAGAACCAUCAGGCUUCUCUGAAACCAAAUCAAUGACAGAACAUUUCUCAAAUAUUGAUGACUUAGGUAACAAGGUCACUGGAACGAGGACAACUGUCACCGAGCACUCUGAGAGUGCGUCGACCCAACGGGUUCCUUUUUCCUACGCUGAUGCAGUUAAGAGAAAAGCUGCAGCAGCGAAUCAAACAGAAACCUACGAUGAGGAUGCUACUGAUAAAUUGCUGAGUAAUUUCCACAAAACAUGGACAGAGAGUGAAUCCGUUUUCAAGAGUCUCGGCUACACCAUUUCUGAGGAGGCAACAUCACAAGUUGUUUCACACCAGACCAGGAUUGUCACAUCUGGUUCGAGUUCCGAAGUCGGAGCUUUGCACAGCAUGUCGGAGGAGAGCUUAUCCGAUGGAUGCUCUGAUAGUGGACAAAAAAAAGUACCAUAAAUCCUGUUUCUGCUGUGAGCACUGCAGAAAUAAAUUAAGCCUAGGAAAUUACGUCUCUCUCCACGGACACUUCUACUGUCUACCCCAUUACAAACAACUCCUCAAAUCCAAAGGGAACUACGACGACGGACUUGGGCAGAACCCUCCCGCAGGAAGUGGCGGACCUGUCCCCUCAGAUGAGAAACUUGAAUGGAGAUAUUCCAUGAGCAGCCUAAGUUCAGUCGACAAAGCACACAGU